AUGUCGACCAUGACCCUUCCCCCGAUUGACCCGCUAGCCUCGCAAGCGUUCGUCGACGAGGCCGGCGCGCCUGCCACGCUUCCCGAUGUCGGCGACGGCGGCGAGCAGAGCAAGCUCAAGGUUCUCAUGGGCCUGCUCAAGAACCCUCGCGCCGCUCGCCCUGGUUGCACCCUUAGGCUUGAGACUGACAGCAGGCUCGUCGGCGUCAAGGACGUUGCCACCCUCCGUCUCUCUCUCCCCGCGUCGCUGCUGGAGCCCAUCCCGAAUCUCGAGUACUGGCAGUAUGCGGACCGAGCCGACGUCUUCGCUGCGAUCGGCGACGCCGACGACGAGUUCGGACGGAUGCUGGGCGUGCUGCGAUUCCUGUUCUCGAAGGACCUCAAAUUUGUGCGCGCGCGCCUCGGCAAGCCUUACAACUCUGCGCUGGGCGAGCACUUCCGCUGCGCGUGGCGCGUGCCACCUUUACACCUUGACAAGCGCGGCGAGCCCAUCGUGCGCACCCACAUCCACGUACCGCUACCGAACGAGCCGGCUUACGGAGGGCAAGGUGGCUCGGGCUGGUCAACACCAGUGCUCGCGCCGGAGAACGGAGGCUUCAGCUCCGAGGUCUCGUCCCUUAAGAGCUCGCCGGGGCUCAUGGCCCGCAAGGACAAGCUGACGGCACCGAGCCAGGCUAGCUUCGACAUGAGCGCCCUUCGCCAGGCUAUCCCGGGACCUGGCGACGAGAUCCUUCCUCGCGAACCAGAUGCGGGCGUGAAGGACAGCGAGAAGACGACAGUUGUCUUCCUUUGCGAGCAAACCAGCCAUCAUCCCCCAGUCUCAACGUAUUACUACGGAUGUCCAGAGAAGGGCAUCGAGGCUGUUGGCGUUGACCAGAUUGUUGCCAAGGUUUCCUUCCCUUCAAUCCGCCUCGGCCCCGGACCUCAGAACAAGGGCAUCUUCAUUCGGAUCACCCGUCCCGGCCCUGGACAAGGGGAGGAGUACCAGAUCACGCACCCCGACGCGCAGGUGAACGGCAUCCUGAAGGGAAGCUACUACGGCACUAUGAGCGAUGUCGUCAGCGUGACUGUGCGCGGUGGCGAGGAGAAGACAAAACUCCGCACGCUGAUCGAGUACAAAGAGGAGAGCUGGCUAGGCAAGCCGCGCUUCGCGCUCGAGGGCGUCAUCUAUCGCUCCACUGAGGAAGAGGGCGAGGAGUACAAGAAGAUCAAGUCUGUGCCGAGCGAUAAGGUCGUCGCGCACCUCGAAGGCAACUGGAUGCGCCAGAUCAAGUACAGGAUGAAAGGGGAGAAGGAGUGGAAGAUCCUGCUGAAUCUCGACGAACUUGCGUUAAUCCCGAAGCUUGUUCGGCCACUCUCUGAGCAAGAUGCCCAAGAAAGCCGCAAGCUCUGGGAUCCCGUGACGAGCAAUCUGAUUGCGAAGAACUGGGGCGAGGCGACAAAACAGAAGCAGGUCAUCGAGCAGCGACAGCGUGAUAAGGCGGCGGCUAUGAAGGCGAAGGGCGAGACGUGA